AUCCCGUUUUUUUUAAAGAGGGCUGAUGUCAUUUUCAAAACUUAACUCACACUCCUCAAGUCAACGCGGCGAGUCGCACACCUCCUGCUCUGUCGUGAAGUCCUCCCUCAUGUCUGUCGGAGCGCACUGAGAAAAGAAAAAAGAAGUCGGGGAGGUGAAAGAAACACGAAGUUCUGUGGAAGAAGCGAACAGGGAGAAUUUUUUAGAGCAGAAAGCCCGGGACCAGAGCCCCUCUCUCUGUGGGCAAAGGCGGCUGAACUUUUUUUUUCUCUUUUUUUUUCCUUCAAACGGGAAAAAAAAUGAAUCGGAGCUUUAAUAAGUCGCAACCUCUGCGAAAUCCUAACUGCAACGCUGUGGAAGUGAAAAGCAAGUAUGGGGCAGAGUUUCGCCGGUUCUCGGUGGAUCGGGUCAAGCCCGGCAAGUUUGAGGAGUUCUACAAACUCAUCCUGCAUAUCCACCGCAUCGCCAACAUGGAAGUGAUGAUUGGUUACGCCGAUGUUCACGGCGACCUGCUCCCGAUCAACAACGACGACAACUUCGUCAAGGCGGUGUCAACCGCUCACCCGCUCCUCAGGAUCUUCAUACAGAGACAAGAAGAGAUAGACUAUACCAACUUUGCCUCCAACACCAUAACACGUAAGAAGAAGCCUGUGGUCGCGCUGCGCAACGACGUCAACCGCAAGCGUCCUCACAUCCGCAUCGGCAUGCCACAGGACUUCCGACCCGUUUCCUCAAUCAUUGAUGUGGACAUCUUGCCUGAAUCUCACCGCCGUGUCCGCCUGUAUCGCCACGGUUCAGACAAACCUUUGGGCUUUUACAUUCGAGAUGGAGUCAGCGUGCGCGUGACUUCUCACGGACUGGAGAAAGUACCUGGCAUCUUCAUAUCUCGGCUGGUGCCUGGAGGUUUGGCGGAGAGCACCGGGCUGCUGGCGGUUAAUGACGAGGUGCUGGAAGUGAACGGCAUUGAAGUGACGGGGAAAUCCUUGGAUCAGGUAACAGAUAUGAUGAUCGCCAACAGCCACAACCUGAUUGUUACCGUCAAACCGGUGAAUCAGCGCAACAACGUUGUCCGCAGCAGCAGGAUCUCCGGCAGCUCGGGCCAGUCGUCCGAUAGCAACGGCUCAACCGGUCACAUGUAUGUAAACAUAGGGGGGAUGCCACCUUCUGGGGCGCAUGGUUAUCAGGAUGACCUGGAGAGUGACGAGGAUAAUGACGUCGUCAUAGAGAAAAACAUCAAGAGGCCAUCUCAGAGGUCCAAUGCUUCGCUGGCAUCCAGUGCGUCCCGCACACAACACCAGAAUCCGACCACCACCUCAGGCUCGGCGGCACCUCCGAGCCCUCCCACACGACCACUGUCGGUGGUCUCCACUGCUUCGUUCCACUCCCAGCAGAGUCUAAACGGAGGGUCCCACCACCACCAACACAGCAGCCUUAGCUACCAGUUCCACAAAGACCUUAACCUUCAGCACAACCCACACCAGCAGUCCCUUCACAGCCAUCAACCCCACGCGCAGCUUCAUCAUACCAGCAACCCAGCCCUCCGCCACAGCAACGGCAGCCUGCACAAAAUCCUCAGCUCACUGAAAACUGACCCACGAAACAGUCUCGCACUUCCCAGAGGAGGGGUGGAGGAGGACGGCACUGUCAUUACCCUAUAAUACUUACAAACACAGACACACAAACAUCCCGACUGCUCAGAGACUAAACUGGAACAGCUAAAUAAUGAGCAUGUGCGUGUUUUGUCAGAUACUAACUGUAACUUCUGUCUGGUUUUACAAAACCUUUGAUGUUAGGAAGUUGCAAACAGGAAAGAGCAUUGUGUACAUAUUUCUUGUGUUUGUUUUUUUUAAAGUCAUCUUUAUCAUACAUGAGAAAAUGUGUAUGUUUUGUAAUAAGCAUCAGAACAAAUAACUGUUUUUAGGCGAGUCCACUAUCGUAGUUCUGAAUGUACCUACAGCCUCGUGUCUUUACUUAGUGACCACUUUUUAUUAAGACCCUUUUCAUUCUUCUUACUGGGACCAACUGGGGUUUGUUUAUGUGGAUGUUUUAAAGAGUAAAUCUAUAUUUCUUAUAUUCUGAUGAAUGCUGUGUAGAGUGUUUUUGUUUUUUUUAAUAGGUCUUUUAUGCUUUAUGAUCAAAUCCGUGUAUCUGUUUCAAUAAAUUAUUCUGUCUCACAAUUAUGCAAACUAUAAAUGUGAUGUUUGCUCCACUACUUAUGCACUUAAUGGCUUCUAAAUUGAGACAAUCAUUUCUGCAUUUAUGUAAUUACAUCUUUUUAGCUUGUUAGAGCUUUCGAACUACAACUGGUCACUUCAUUAGCACACCUUAUUGUUGUUUUAACUCCUUAUUCAUGGCACUGAUUCACAGAGGUGCUCAUUCCUCUGAUAUUUUGGUCAAUAUUGACCCGAUAGCAUCACAUCAUAGCUACAGAUUUCUCGACUAAUGUCAUUAUCCCAUUCCACCACAUUCUUAAGAAUUGAGAGCUGAUGACAAUAGAGGCCAUUUGAGUACAGUGAACUCACUGUCAUGGUCAAGAAACCAGUUUGAGGUUUGAUUUGAAUUCUGACAUGGUGUGUUAUCCUGCAGGAAGCAGCCGUGGGUACAGUGUGGUCAUAAAGGGAUGGAGAUGGUUGGCAACAACACUCAGGCUGUGUGUCGCUCUGCACUAAAGACCUCAGAGCAUGCCAGGAAAAUAUACCCCACACAGCUACAUCACCAGCUUGAGCAUCUCUGAAAACAACAUCAUCUACACACCGUGGUUCUAACAAGUGAUUUGUUACUACAACUUAGAGCAGUGUGACCAUUCUCCUCUGACCUCUGACAACAACUCAUUUUCACCCAGAGAACUGACACUCACUGGAUUGUUUUAUUUAUUUUUGGGGGGUGUUUUCUCUGUAAACUCUAGAGAUGGCUGUCUGGGGAAAAUCCCAACAUAUCAGCAGUUUCUGGAAUACUUAGACCAGCCCAUCUAAGUAUUUCAGCUAUGCCACUUAAAAGUUACUUAAAUCAACUUUCUUCUACAUCCUGAUGCUCUGCAUGAACUUCAGCUGGUUUACUGACCACAUCUACAUGCAAAAAUGGAUAUGAGUUAUGUUAUAUACAAUUUAUAUAGAUAUUUGCGCUAAUGAGCAAUAGUACAGGUGUACCUAAUGAAGUGGCCAGUGAGUGUAUUUGCUUUAAAAUGUAUUUUUGUACUAAACAGACACAAGAUGCUGUUAAGCACAGAUGACUGCAUGAAUUGUACUAAACAAAAUGGAAAAAUAAGUUUUGGUUUCAAACUAAAGGCCAGAAGAUUUUCAUUCAACUCAAAGCUGAUGGUGAAGCAAAGAGGCUGACAUUCCAGUUCAGAGUAACUAGGAACUCAUAACCACACAGUGUGGCGUAAGUGGUGUGAAUUUCUGGAGCACCAUUUCUGAAGCUUAAGUAAAAGUAAUCUUGACUCGUGUAAAACCACAAAGACUUGUGGCUAUUUAAAGGUGAUGAGUCUGUAGUGAUGUCAUCUGCACCUCAUUCAAGUCAUUAAAAGCUACAGUGAAAGCCACAAAUCCUAGGCUUUUAGAAAGCAGUAGUCAGGCUGAAGGAGAAGAUAAGAAAUUAAGGUCUUGUUUCACAAAAUAAUUCACUUUAGACAUCACAAAGUCAAGAUGUAGACUAUCUGAAGGUUGAAUUCCUUGAGUCGGGCACAGCUUUAUCAUCAUUUUGCUUUUGGCUACAGCCUGUGCUUCCAACCUAGAUAUGCAACUGGAAUGCAUGUCAGAGGCCCUCCGGCAGCAAACAUCUUUCACUUCACUGCUAAUGAAUAUUUUCCUCCUGUGUUUGUUCAGGGUGCCACACUGCUCAUACAUCUAAUAGAUCCUUCACACCCAACUAGUCAGCACUGUCAGUCAGCAGACUGUGGGUUUAGCCGGAGACCUGAAAUCCUAACUGUCACGCAAUCAGUCUUCACUAUCUGUGUCCUUUUAUCAGAGUCAGCCGAGGAAGGGCAGUUACAGUUAGAAACAGUUAUGUUAUGUUCCCCACAUGUGAUACAGAUGUUCAGCUGAUAGAAUAUAGGAUUCAAGCGCACACCGAUUAAAGCCGACAAACUCAAAAUAAACAGACGUGGCCGCCUUAAUGCUUUCUUGGACAUGAACACGUCCAACUGAAGAUCUGAGGUUCAGAGGGAAUUAUUGGAAACGUCUGCACAAGCCUGACGGAUUUGACAGGUAAUCCUUUUCAUUGGAUACUUUGUAUGCUAAAACGUGUUAAACCCCUUUGAUCAUAGACAGAUUUUUUUUUUCUGCAUACAAAACAUGUUGACCUGCGUCAGACAUCUGAACUCCCCCAAGUCCCCAUGCCGUAUUUCACUCUGCCACAUGCUGGUCGACACUGGAAAAACACGUACUGAAAUGUUAAAAGUUACUGUUGUAUUUUAUCAGACCAGACAAUCUUUUUUUUUUU